AUGGCCCAAGCGGUCCAUGAACAUCUGACUGACGGCGGUGUAUUCCUUGGCGUUGUUCCAAACGGUUUGCCGAAUUUCAAGCCAGAUAAGAAGGAUUCCAAGGCGAUGGGUUGGUUUUUAAUUUUUAGAGGUUCUCCUUGAUUUUUUGCGGCUCUAAUCGUUGGAAUCUAGAGAGCAUUGGUAAACAAGAGGUUGUCAGAGAAAAAGCGAUCCUCUCAUUUUUGAACGCUCUCUCGGUUUUGAAUAUUCGAACGUAGACUCCAUUUUUAGAAUGUCUGAACAAGGGAAGAACAUAGAUCUUCAGGAAUUUUUACUUAUAACUAUUACAGUAUAUCACAGUGUACAGUACAGUAUUUUCUUUCCAGAACGAUUCUCUGGGGAAUAAAAAGAGCCUAGAAACUGUAAUUCUUAGAAAAUUGCAUUUUACUUUUUUCAUAUAGAAUAUAUUCCCAAACUUGUUCCUCUAUAAGUUUUUCUUUAGGAAAUUCAAUCGAAGUUCCUGAAAACAUUGAACUUAUGGAUGAAAUGCCCCUGAAGGUUCAGUACUUUUGCCGAUGGAGGUUUAAUUUUUCUUAAUAAAAAUAAAAAUAAUUGAUUUGUUUAGAGCAAGUAGCUGAGGAAACUAUCUUCUUUUUAUUUGAACGACACCUACCGGGAGUGUCUCGAAGCUGUUGGCUUUGAAAAGGUGAAAUUCGAGCGUCAAAAAGUUAUAAAACUGUUCAUUAAUACAAGAUAUUCUAAGCUUUUUCAAUGUUAUAAUGUUUUAAUAACAUGAACCUUUUUUCAAUGAAUAAUAUUGUGUAGGAAUUUUUCGAAGGACUUUGAAUUUUGAAAAGUUGGAAUUUUCGUCAAUUUCUGGUUUUUUUUAAUGGAUCAUACGAUUUUUCUUCUCAAAUUCAUAUUAUUCGAAAAGUCGGAGAAUCUGAGAAUUUCAUAUUUUUGUGGAUUCAGUGGAAAAAAAAAUCGAAAAUCGUUGAAAUAUCUUUCUUUAUUGAAGGCGCGUGCUGGCCGAGGAUGCGCCUUUAAUAGGAUAUUUUCCUCAACUUGAGUUAAAUCUUGAUAUUUCCAUAUUCAGAUCGAAUUCCUCGACGUCACUGCGGCUGAUCACCCUUCUUAUAAUAGCAACCCUCGCGAAAUUAUUUUUAUGGCCCGGAAAUGA